AUGAUGGAACAGAAAACUAGUUGUGAGAAUGUUGAUAUCCAAGGCACUCUCCUGGGGUCUGAGAAUGAGAAGUCAGAAGUGAAACACAUCUUGCCUGAUACAACUUCCAUCAGGAGAGCCGAGAGAUGUGUACACAUACAGGAAGAGCUCUUUAUCCUUGUUGUCAUGGACCCCAUCAGCAAUCUGGGGAAGCCUGAGGACCCCUUGUCAUUAGAACGAUUUAAAAUGCGUACUAUAAAAUCUAUAGGAUUCAUCUGGCGAGGCCCCAAUGUGAACUGCACAGACAGUUCGGGUUACACUGCUUUGCACCAUGCAGCUUUAAAUGGACAUAAGGAUAUAGUGCUCAAGCUGCUUCAGUAUGAGGCCUCAACAAAUGUAGCUGACAACAAGGGCUAUUUUCCUAUACACCUUGCUGCGUGGAAGGGAGAUGUGGAGAUUGUUAAGAUUCUCAUCCACCAUGGACCUUCACAUUCCAGGGUCAAUGAGCAGAAUAAUGAAAACGAGACAGCGCUACACUGCGCUGCUCAGUAUGGACACUCGGAGGUCGUCGCUGUCCUCUUGGAGGAGCUCACAGAUCCUACCAUCCGAAAUAGCAAGUUGGAAACCCCCCUGGAUCUGGCGGCCCUCUAUGGUCGGCUGCGAGUGGUGAAGAUGAUCAUCAGCGCUCAUCCCAACCUCAUGAGCUGUAACACCCGCAAGCACACGCCCCUGCACCUCGCUGCGCGCAAUGGCCAUAAGGCUGUGGUGCAGGUGCUCCUGGAGGCAGGGAUGGAUGUGAGCUGUCAGACGGAAAAGGGGAGUGCACUCCAUGAAGCAGCCUUGUUUGGGAAGGUAGAUGUUGUCCGGCUUCUGUUAGAAACGGGAAUUGAUGCCAACAUAAAGGAUAGCCUAGGCAGGACCGUCUUAGAUGUGCUGAAAGAACAUCCAUCACAGAAGUCUCUCCAAAUUGCUGCACUAUUACAAGAAUAUUUGGAAGGUGGAGACAAAGCCACAGUCCUGGAAGAGAACGAGUCGGAAUGUACUACACACCAGACGUGCAUUUCAUCACCUGUUAAUUCACCGUCCCAAAAGACCAAAAGUGAAGCAGUGACUGGAGAAUUAUCAAAGCUCUUGGAUGAAAUCAAACUCUGUCAAGAGAAGGAUUACUCUUUUGAAGAUUUGUGUCAUACGAUCUCAGACCACUACUUAGAUAAUCUGAGCAAGAUUUCAGAGGAGGAACUUGGGAAGAAUGGGAGCCAGGCGGUGAGGCCUUCAUCCACAAUAAAUCUGUCUCCAGGGGAGUUGGAAGAAGAUGAUGAUGAUGCAAACACUUGUGGUCCUUCAGGGCUGUGGGAGGCAUUAACUCCCUGUAACGGGUGCCGCAACCUUGGGUUCCCCAUGCUGAUGCAGCUCUCCAUCUUCCUUUAG